UGGAAGCUUCCCGGAGUGCGGCAGCCCCGACCUGCUCAGGAUGGACCCCGUGGUUCUCAGUUACAUGGACAGCUUGCUGAGGCAGUCAGACGUUGCCUUGCUGGAACCCCCAAACUGGCUUAACGACCACAUCAUUGGGUUUGCCUUCGAGUACUUCGCCAACCACCAGUUCCAAGAAUUCGGCGACCAGGUUUGUUUCAUUGGCCCCGAGGUGGCCCAGUUCAUCAAAUGUGCCCUUAGUCAGGAAGAAAUAGCCAUAUUCCUUCAACCACUGGACCUUCUCCAGAAGCAGCUGGUGUUCUUGCCUAUCAAUGAUAACUCCAACCAGGUCGCCGGGGGCACCCACUGGAGCUUACUGGUGUAUUUCAGGGACAAAAAGUGCUUCGCCCAUUACGAUUCCCACAGCAAAUGCAACUCUACCCACGCCAAGCAAGUGGCGGGGAAGCUGGAGGCCUUCUUGGGCAGAAGAGGGGGCAAAGUGACCUUCGUGGAGGAGAAGGCACCUGCCCAGCAGAACAGCUACGACUGCGGGAUGUACGUGAUCUGCAACGCGGAGGUUCUGUGCCAGGGGCACUUCAGGGGCCGGCCAGAGCCUUUGCUGCAGCUCCUCACCCCCUCCUACAUCACGCAGAAGAGAUCAGAGUGGAAAGCUCUCAUCGCCAAACUGGCACAGAAGUGAUGGAGAUGCAGCUCCGAC